AAAGCAGUACCUAUACGUAAUAACAAAUACCAAAAUUUAAUAAUGUCUGACAAGCAACAAAAAUCUAAAGAAAAAGAAUGGUUUCAAAUAUUAGUUAUUCUAAUCGCUGCAUCCCACGGAUUUACAAGCGGAGCACUAACAGGAUGGACAUCCCCAUUUAUGGUAAAAAUAGUUGAGGACACAGAAAACUACAAUGUAAGAGAAGAUCAAGCGGCACUAUUUGCUAUAUUAAACGUAGUUGGUUUAAUAAUCCUCACACCUUUUUUUCCUCCAUUUAUUGACAUUAUUGGAAGGAAAAAAGCCAUUAUUUUAACAUCUGUACCAUUUAUAAUAAGUUGGUUAACAAAAGCGUUAUUCACUAAUUUAUGGGCGCUGUAUUUUGCAAGGUUAUUAGUCGGAUUAGGGGAUGCUUUGAUUAUGUGUGCAUAUCCAAUGUAUUUUGGAGAAGUUGCUACACCAAAGGUGCGUGGAAUUUGGGGAAAUGCUUUCUUUAUUUUAGUAAUAUUUGGGACUUUUGUUAUUAACGUGGUUGGAAUAUACUGUAGUGUUAAGUUAACCUCUUACAUAUUUCUUGCAUGCGAAGUAAUAUUUUUAAUUCUCUCUCUGUUUAUUCCUGAAUCACCUUACUUUUUCAUAGCAAAAAAUCAACUUCCGGCAGCGAAAUUGUCAUUAAUAAAGUUACGACAAAGAACUGAUAUUGAUGUUGAGUUUAAACUCAUGCAGGAUGACUUAAACCGACAACUUUCAGAAUCUGGAACAUGGAAAGAUUUAUUCGUUAUAGACGUAAACAGAAAAGCUCUAAUGAUCGCGAUGUUUUUGCGAUUUGCUCAAAUAGUUUCGGGGCUGUGGGUCUUUGGAAGCUACACGCAAUUCGUGUUUCAGAAAGUUGUUAGUGGCAUUAGUGCUGAAACUUCAACAAUUAUUUACACGGGUUAAAUUUCAUUAUAUAUUCUGCUGCAAUUUACAGUUCAGAUAAAUUUGGUAGACGCAAGUCUUUAUUAACGUCUCUUGCUGGUACCGGAAUUGUGUUUUUGUUAGUGGCUGUAUACUUUCUUGUAGAAAAAUUUUUUCCAGAUAUAAACCUGCAACCUGUAAACUGGUUUCCAUUAGCAGGCCUUAUUGUAUUUUUAUUGGUAUCAUCCUUUGGAGUUGGUCCUAUUCCCGCGUUAAUGCAAGGAGAAUUAUUCUCAGCUAGUAUUAAAUCCAAAGGUAUUUCAGUGGUAGUGGUAGCUUAUGGCAUAAUAAAGAUUUGUACCAAUAGUGCCUUUUACUAUCUUUACGCAUAUACUGGAUUAUCUGGGCCGUUUAUGUUUUUUGCUGUUUCUAAUUUUAUUUCUUUAAUAAUUACCUAUUUUAUUGUACCAGAAACAAAGGGAAAGACUUUGGAAGAAAUACAACAGCAUUUAAAAAACAUGUAGUGAUAUUAAAUUUUUAUACUGUAAGUUUUAUAAUAUAAUAUAUAAUCACACUUUGUAUUUAUUUCGUACCUGCUAUGAAGACUUAAAAUAAAUAAUAACGUCGUAAGUGCCAAAAUCAUUAUUUCGAAAUAAUUGAUUCUUUUCUUCCACAAUGAAUGUAUUAGAAAUAACUUUCUCAAAACUAAACAUAGGUUUAUUCAAGUGAAUUAUGUUUUUGCGCAUUAAAUAAUUUU